GCGAUAUUUCUGAAUGCAUAAGUUUCUACCUACCACUACUCUAGUCCAAGAGGUUGGAAAAUACAGAAUAGUUGUUAGCCAAAGUGAGUUUGGUUUGGUAAAGGCAUAAUUAAAUGCAUAUAUAUUGCUGGUCCGUCUAAAAUCAGUAAAUAGCACGAUGGAUUCAGAAGAAAUUCGAUCUGCCAAGGCUUCCUUGGAAAAAGCCAUUCAAUCUAAGAAUACGGAGACAAUGCUCGACAUCAUGAGCCGUUUGAGAACAGGCGUCGUUGCUACUGAGGAAUUAUUAAAGGAAACCAGGCUCGGUCUAGUAGUAGGAAAGCUACGAUCUUACCCAAAUGAAAAAGUUAAUGAACUUGCACGCGAUAUUGUUAAAAAAUGGAAAACCGAUGUGAGCAGAGGCAGACCACUAAAAGCUACAACCACUGGUGGUACCAAUGGUGCUUCUCCAGCUUCUAAAGGAGCAGGCAUUGGAACCCCAACUCAAAGACAAGCUCAAAGCCAGUCCUCUAAUGGACAACGUACUUUUAAAAGUGACAAUGUUGACGUUAAUUUGACAGAUGAUAAAAUCCGCAACAAUUGUGUUGGUCUUAUAUACAAUGCCUUGGCAAUGGACACGGACGCCGAUUCUUCCGUGAUUUUGAAACGUGCCGUUGCUAUUGAUGCACAAGUUUUAGCUCGUGCUUCCGGAAAUACAGGGUCUGAGUAUCGUAAUCGAAUGCGGUCGCUAUAUAUGAAUUUAAAAGAUAAAAGUAACCCAAAGCUUCGUGCUUCUGUUAUAUCUGAAGAUAUAAGUGCACAACGCCUAAGCAACAUGAACUCUGCAGAACUUGCUUCCGAAGACCGCCGUAAAGAGGAUGCUAAGCUUGAACAAGAAAACCUGUUUCAUGCUCAAGGUGCUAAACCUCAAAAGGCUAUCACCGAUCUGUUUACGUGCGGAAAAUGUAGGCAAAAGAAGGUUUCCUAUUAUCAAAUGCAAACCAGAUCUGCAGAUGAACCUAUGACGACGUUUUGUGAAUGUGUCGUUUGUGGUAAUCGGUGGAAGUUCUCAUAAUUUUCUUGGUACGAUAACUAAAUUCCUAAAUAAAAAUAGUAAAUUUCACCUGCGUUAAUUAGAAUAAUUCUACUUAGCCAUAGGUUCUUUAUGCAGGCUUGUUUCUUAUCUCUUGUCAUUAUUUUCACGAUGUAGUC